AUGACGUCCAAGAAAGGUCUGACAACAUUAGAGAAGAGCUUGAUCUUCCUAUUUGUAGCCCUGACUGCUGUCACUAUUGGAAUAGUUGUGGUGUUUGUCAUUGAGAGGAACAACUCAAGUCCAAAAGAGGAUGAAAUCGAUACGGGAUGUGGGAGUCUGCAGGAGCUGACGGCUUCCUCAGGGGAAUUCUCCAGUGGGAAUUAUCCCAGCAGCUACGACAAUGGCAUGAGCUGCAGUUGCCACAUCACAGUAGAAGCCAAUAAGGUGAUCCAUCUCUGGUUUGAAGACUUCUCUAUACAGGACUCCAAUACAUGUGAGGCCGACUUUAUCACUCUCAAGGACGAACUGGGUAUUAUUGGGAAGUACUGUGUCUAUUCUUCACCUAAACCGAUAGUGUCCUUAGGAAACAGCUUUUUUGUGUAUUUCGACACCAAUGACAGAUACACAGAGAGGGGAUUCAAAGCCCUGUACCGUGCUGUGGCCCCUGAGACAACGUCAGAAAUAGUUGGGGCUGGUGGCGUUCUUCAAGGUGAUCAUGGGGAGCUGUUGACCCCUGGCUUUCCCUCACAAAACUAUGAGAACGGUGCGCUCUACCAGUGGAUGAUACACGUACCUGAUGGGGAAAAGGUCCGGCUAACAUUCACAGCAUUUAACCUUGUCCCAGAAUCAUGUGGUGACUUUGUGGAUGUCUAUGACGGCGCUUCAGAUGGUGCCGCCCAACUGGGUCGUUUCUGUGGAAACAGUCUCCCGGCUCCAGUGUUGUCUAGUGGCAGUAGUAUGGUGGUACGUUUCAAGUCUGAUUCGAGCGGGACUGCUAAAGGCUUCAGUGCCACCCAUACAGUAGCUAGUGCCCCACCCGUUACAACCACUCCAACGACCACCACCAAGACCAUGACCACUGGACCAACGAUUAGCACACCUGUUCAGACCCAGACUCCUGCUCCCGAAGGGAAGUACAACUCUGGCUGUGGGUCCCCUGGGAAGCUGUUCGGACGUAAAGGUCAGAUAAACUCCAAGAACUAUCCUCAGGCUUAUCCUGCAAACUUGAGGUGCUCUUGGGACAUCUCAGUGGAUGAGGGCUUUCUUGUCAAACUACAUAUCACUGAUCUGGCCAUCGUGGGCGAAGCAGGCCAAUGCGACAGAGAUAAACUCACCGUCACCGAUAGUCAGCAGUCAUUGGGCACACACUGCGGGUUUGUUCUUCCCCUGGUACUUAUCAGUGUCAGUAACAACAUGUCGCUAAGUUUCCAGUCAGAUGCUCGACUAGCCGACCACGGCUUCUCUGCCACAUGGGAAGCUGUGUAUCCAGAGGACUUUUCUGAUAUCCAGGGAUGUGGAGGUUUCUCACAGGAGGAGACAGGCAUCAUCAAGUCUCAAAACUGGCCCACGAACUAUCCAGCUAACAGCAUGUGUCUGUGGACCAUACAUGUUCCCAAGGGGAAGACCAUUAAAUUGACGUUCACUCAUUUUGACGUGGAAGAGGCUGGCAUCCUUUUCGGCCAGUGCAAUGACAACGUGGUAGUCUACGACGGAACACAACCUGGAGCGAAAAAAUACGGCCCCUUUUGCGGCUCCAAAAUGCCUGCUGUCAUCGAAAGCACAACAAAUGAACUUGUGAUACGUUUCUUUGCCGACUUUUUUAUUGAGGCCAAAGGUUUUCAUGCGCACUGGACUACCGAUUCCACCUUACCGACCCCCACUGAGCCUCCGGUGCCGCCCAACCCUUGGGAUGACAUUAAGAUAGACUGGCCUGAGAGCUGCGGGAAGCCCACGAUCCCUCCGGAUGUCAACACUCGCAUAGUGAACGGAGAACCUGCCAAAGCUCACUCCUGGCCAUGGCAAGUAUCCAUGCAGGUUUGGCAUGAUUCUGAGCCUUCACCCAAAUUCGGUCAUACAUGUGGAGGAACUCUCAUCCAUAAAAACUGGGUCCUGACAGCUGCUCACUGCUUCAUCAGGUAUGCUGAUGAGCUGCAUCGCUGGAAGAUGUGUCUGGGGAAACACAACCUGACCUUCUCUGAACUGACUGAACAGUGCUUUAACGUGCUUGGCAUCUAUCGUCACGAGGGCUUCCAGUACCCAACUGUGCCAACUGUGGAGUUCGACAUCGCCCUGGUGCGACUGGAUGGAGAGGUGAAAGCCAACGACUACAUUGAUUUCGCCUGUCUGCCUUCAUUUGAGGAGGUCCUGCCCGAAGGGAAAAAAUGCUACGCCACCGGCUGGGGAGAUGAAACAGGUAACUCCACCGCUCCCAAAGUCGCUGAGGCAUUGAACCAGGUUGCUCUGCCGGUAGUGCCGUAUGAUACCUGUAAACGCAUGUACUAUUGGUGGUUCCAGGUCAAGACCUCCAUGAUCUGCUGUGGCUACACUUUACCUGAUGAGCUCAAGUCUGUAUGCCAGGGUGACUCAGGUGGACCCCUGGUAUGCCAAGACGGCCCCUCGGCCGCCUGGGAGGUGCAUGGCAUCACUAGUUUUGGUCCAAUCGGCUGUGUCUUUGAUAAGAAGCCCAGUGUCUUCACUCGUUUUUCUGCCUACCUGCCUUGGAUUGAAAACAUCAUUCGCAAAGACAUCUAUGACUUCACCAGUUCUGGUUGUGGUGGACUGAAGGAUCUGGUUGGAACGGAGGGCAUGCUGGCAUCAAUGGAUCAUCCAGAAAGUUACAGUAACAGAGCUUCCUGCCAGUGGAAUAUCCGUGUGCCCACAGGGAAAAACGUCUACCUUCACUUUAGCAACUUCUCCCUGGAGGAGACCACGCUGUGCCUUACUGACAAAGUCACUCUCAGCGAUAGCGUCGGCACUCUGGGUACCUACUGCACAUCUCCUCCGAGAGAUCUAGUCACGGCUGGAGACACACUGACUGUCAGUUUCUCCUCCAAUGACAAAAUCGUGGACACAGGGUUCAGUGCCAUUUGGAAAGCAGCGGAUCCUGCUGACAUAGAGGCUGCUGUUGGUUGCGGUGGGCACUUUACUAGUCAACUGGGGGAGCUCCGAUCACCCAGCUGGCCCAGUGAGUACCCGAGCCAAGCGGUGUGCACCUGGACUAUCUCCAUUCCCUCAGCCACUGGAAUCCAUAUCACCUUCACUCACUUUGAACUGCAGGCUGUUAAUUUGCUGGGGCAGUGUGUGGAUUACAUGGAGAUCUUUGAUGCUGCUGGGUCAUCAAAAGGAAAGUUUUGUGGCUCUAACCCACCAUCUUUAACUGUCAAUGGGGACAAGGCCACAAUCUGCUUCCUCAGUAAUGAUGCUAAUCAGAAAAAGGGUUUCCAAGGACACUGGACCAUCGAUCCUGGUGUUUUCUCAAAAGAACACUUCUAAUGGCAAAGAGCUGUUGUGCGAUUGACUGUACAAAUAGAUUCAACAAGAAAUCAGAGCUAUCUUUUUAUAGACUGUCAAAAGCUACCGAAGCAAAUAGAUUGCUGUAAUCCAUAGAAACAA